GCGAGGCAGCCAUCAUUCGCGAAAAGCCGACAUUGUUGUGAAGUUCGUCGUGUGCGUCGUGUUUCGCCGUCGCUUGCAAGUGAAAUUUUCCCCGGAAAAUUGGCGUGUUCUCUGUGAUCGAAAGUGAGCAAAACUAGUGAAAAAGUGUGCCGGAACGUUUGGGGAAUCGCGAUUCGAUGUUGGUUUGCGGGAUAAUCUGAGCUGAAAGUGAAAUUUGCGGUGUGAAAAGCCCCGCAAGAAACGCUCGAAACGCACACACACACACAGCUGGGUGAAAGAAAAGUAGCCGUGAAAGAAAGAACGCCAUCCGCAUUUUUCGUGACUGGGAGAAAAAUUCGGCAGGACGAACUCGGUCCAAACGUCGGCGAUCGGGAUGGAAGUGGAUGAGAGUCCGGAAGUGACGGCUGGUGCCCCGAAUGAGGUGGCCAGUACCGCCAGCAGCAGCAGCAGCACCGAAGAGGAGAAACCUGUGGCGGAAGAAACGGCCGCUCCCGAAGAGGAAGAAGUCGCCGCCCCGGCAGCAGCACCAGAGCCGUCUUCCUCCGAGGGUGGCGGAGUGCUUCGGUCGAUCCUUUCGGAGGAGGAACUUCUUGCCAUUCCUGCCGAGACGGGCAAAAAGAUUGAGGGCCACUACGAGCAGAAAUUGGAGGAGUUUCUGACGGCGAAAGCUCUCUGCGAAACGGCCAAGACCAAUGUUGAGCAACUCAAAGUCGAGUACGAGAAGCAAAUCGAGGAGCUUACAUUGAAGUACCAGGAUGAGUCCUCCAAGUACCACUUCUCCCAGCAAAGCGUCAAAGAGCUUCGCCUGGAGCUGGAGGACUGCAAACAGGAGAUGGCCCAGGCCAAGGACAAGGUCAAACAGAACGAUGCCGAUACGGCACGGUUCCGACGAGAACGUAACGAAGCCGUCAACGAACGGGACACGCUGCUGAAUGCGGUCGAGCGCAAGACGCUGGAAGUGGAACGACUGCAGGCCGACGUGAUGGCGCUGGAGCACAAACUUAAGUCCGCCAACGUGACCAAGUGCGAAGCGUUGGCCAAGCUGGAGGAAAUUCAGAGCAAGGAGUUCUCGCUGGAUUUCAAGGAGAAGCGAAUGGACAAGGAGUUGUCGAUGCGUGACAAUCAGAUCUGCAAGCUCACCGAGGACUUGAAUCGAGCGCUGCAGGAUCUGCAGAACGUCCGGCGCGAUCAGAAUUUCAAGGCACUGACAACGGAGACCAAGCUCACGGAGAAGACUGAAGAGUUGAAGAUCGCCACCGCACAGAUUGCCCACCUGAAUGAGCAGAAUCAAGAGCUGAGCACGCGGGCCGAGGACCUAGCCAGCAAACUGUUGCAGCAGAGCGAGGAAACGCGCAAGAUGAUGGAUCACUACCGCAAGGAGUUGCAAUCCCAGACGAAGCUGUGCGAAUUGUACCAAGAGGACUGCGAGGACAACAAGAAACAGACGGAGGAGCUGGGUGCUGCCGUGUCAGAAUUGAAGAAACUGCUGAACGAGGCUAGCGAUUCAUAUGGAAAGCUAGAGACGCAGCAGAAGACGUUGGUCAUGAAGCACGAGAAGGAACUGGAGGCGAAGAAUCAGGUCAUUCAACAGCUGAAGGAUGAACUGAAGAAUGCCAACGAGCUGCUGAAACUGGCCAGGGAAGAGAAUUUGGAACACGCGGUGGAGAAGUUGGCACCGACUGCGGCCGCCACAAGUCGAUUGAUCAAGUCCGGUAUGACGCUGACGGAGCUGUACACGAUGUACGUCAAAACGGCUGAGGAUUUGCAGGUUGAGAAGAAGGAGAACAGCAAGCUGCAGCUGCAGAUCAAGAACAUCGUGCAGGAACUGGAGGAACGGGCACCGGAGCUGACCCGGCAGCAGAACGAGUACCAGAACCUGAAGGACGCCAACGAAGAGAUGAGCCUGCAGUUGAACAAGCUGAUCGAGGAGAACGCCGAGGUUCGUUCGGAGCUGACCUCGAUGCAGGACAAGGUACGCUACCUGGACAGCGAGAACAAGAAGUUCAAGAUGGAACGGGGCGAUCUGAGCCGGCAGAUUUGCCACCUGCUGCGCGAGAUCGAGCAGAUGCGCGGAGGAUACGCAUCCGAGGCGGAUCAGUCCAUUUCGUCGGACAUGAGCGCCAACGAGGUGAUCACGAAGAAGUUGGUCACCUUCAGCGACAUCCAGGAACUGCAGGAGAACAAUGUAAAGCUGCUUCUGGUGGUGAGAGACUUCAGCGCCAAGCUGGAGGAGCUGGAAGUGGCCCAGAAUGCGAUGAGCCAGGCCACGUUCGAGGCGAAGAUCGCUUCCUACAACAAACGACUGCAGGAGAUGCAGGAAACGCAAGAGUAUCAGACGCAGAUGAUGCAGCAAUGCAUCCAGCAGAGGGAUAGGUACAAGAAGAUGUACCACGAUGCGAUGCGCAGUUACAACGCUGUAGGAGGCAAGGGCACUUUGGGAGCAAGCUUGAACGGAUCUCUGUCCGGUGAGAAUGCGGAUGCUGCUAUGGACGAGGAAAUCCCAAGUGGAUCCACGGUUAGUGCGAUUUCCAGCGAGGCAGUCGUUGAAAAAGAAAAGAAGAUUACCGAACUGGAGGCAAAGGUCAAGGAAAAUCAGCAAAUGUUGACCAAUCUGAAGGAAGAAUAUGACAAUUACCGCAAGGAGAAGCUCACCAACGACAAGAUGAUGAAUGAACAGUUCGACUCGAUGCGAACGGAACUGCGCGAGUUGUCCUCGAAGAACAUCAAACUCGUCGCUACCGUUGAGUACAACAACGAGCAAAUCAAGAUCCAACAGAAGAACGUUGCAACCUACAAGAAGCAAAUUGCCACUCUGGAGGAGCGCAACAAGAAUUACGAAACGACGAUCUCCAAGCAGGAGGCCACGAUCAUGUAUCUCAAGGAUGAAACAAUGAGUGCACAGUCGAAGCUGGCCCGCGCCGAAGUCCAAGUCGAAAACCUCAAGCACGAAUGCCGCAUCCUCAAGGACGCCGAGUCCCGACUGCAAACGGAGCGUGAAAUCCUCAACCGAGAGCGACAGAACCAGAACUUGCUCCUGAACAACCUGGAAAUGAUCAAGGUUACCAUGGAGCGCUCGGAAGCCGAAGGACGCAUCCGACUGGAAACUCGCCUGGAUGAAACGGCUCGCGAAUGCUCAGCUCUGCGACGGCGACUCCAGGAAGAACAGGAUCGCUUCCGUGAGCUGACCACCCAUCUCGAACGCCAAAUGCAGACGGCCAAGCAGCGCAUGGAAGAAGAAGUGGCAAUUGCUGAAACCGUGCAGGCAGAACUCAAGAACGCCCGUGACGAGCUGGAAAUCAAGACUCGCAAAAUCGACGACCUGAGCAAGAAGCUCCAGGAAACCCUGUCCCCGAACGACGAGGACAAUCCAGUCACGCAGGCCUACAAGAAGAUUCGCGAGCUAGAGCAGAAACUCAGCGAGAAUGAAAUCGAGUUUGAAUCCCUCCGAAAGGAACUGGCAACUGCCAAGGAGCACGUCAAGCAGUACUGCAACAUGUCCGAGUCCUCGGAAAAAGAACUCAAGGACCUCAACGAACUGUACACCACCUACAAGACUCAGACCGAAACCGAACUGGGCACUCUGAAGAAGAGCGAAACCGAACUCAAGGCUCAAGUAGAGGAGCUCAAGACGGAAAUUUCCCUCAAGAAAACAGGCGAACAGCUGACGUCAUCCACGGAUAGCGAAUCCGAGCUGCACAAGGUUCAAGUGGAACUCAAAGAAUCCUUGGAGAAGAUCACCGAGAACAACAAAGAACUACGGGAACUUCGAGAGAAGAACAAUUCCCUGCUGGAGCAGCUGCAAGUCGCCGAGCAGAAAUACGCCAACGAAAUGGUGCAACACUCCACCGACAUCCAGCAGCUAUCCAUCCUCAAGGAGGAAGUCCAGAAAACCAAGCAACAGUUCGACGAACUGAAACUCGCCCGCGAUCAGGCCAUCGAGCGGUUCAACACCAGCGAGGAAUGCUGGAAGAACCGCGAGGAGAUGAUGAAGAAGGAAAUCGAACAGCUCGAGGAACGCCUUUCGGACUUGAACUCGCAGAACUCCGCCCUACACGAUCAGAUUCAGAGUCUCAGCACGAAGCUCUCGAUUUCGGCAGCCCAGGCCCUGGAGCAGAAACCGACGGCCGACGAGUCCAUGAACGAGAGCGAGCGAAUGGACGACAGUUCGGUGCUGAACAAAUCGAUCUCGGAGGAAGAGAAGCGUUCCGUGGAUCAGCUGCUGCAGAUCAUCAAGUACCUGCGGAAGGAGAAGGACAUUGCCGUGGCCAAGUUCGACAUUCUGCGGUCGGAAAAUGUGCGAGUGCAGUCGGAGCUGAUGAUGUUCCAGAAGAAGCUGGAAGAGGCCCAGGCUGAGUUGGCGACGGAGCGCGAGAAGUCCGAAACCGGAGUUGUGACGGCCGCCAAGCAUGAGGACAUUCUGAGGAAGCUGGAAACUUUCAACGCCAUCACGGACAGCAAUCGGGUGCUGCGAGAGGAACGAGACAGUUUGAAUAAGAGGAUCAGGGAGCUGUCGGAACGUUUGCUGAAGGCGGAAGACGAGCUGUUCCCGCUGCAGGAAAAGGUGCGGGAGUUGAGCGUGAAGAUUGAGUCGGCCACGAGUGAGAAUUCGACUUUGCGUUUGGAGGCAACCAGAUGGAGGCAGCGUGCCAAUCUGCUGGUGGAACGCUCAAACAAGACCAGCCCCGAGGACUGGAAACGGCUGCAGACCGAGCGGGAGAACCUGGCUAAGAUGCUCACCCAGGAGAAGGAACUGUUGAAGAAAUCCAGCGAGGAGUUGAACUCGAUCCGUGUCGAAAAAGGCAAACUGGAGGUGGAGAUCUCGAACCUGACAAAACAGUUGGCAGGAUCGAAUGAGCAGAACAAGAAGUACGCCGAAGAGUUGGAUGUGUUGCGUCAGGCCGGAGCUAAGAUGACUACCGAGAUCGGUGAGGUGAAGACUACACUGACGAAACGCGAUGAGGAUCUGAAGAAGUUGACCGAUGAGCUGUCCAACAAGGAGGAACAGCUGACGGAUGCCAAGAGCAAGGAACAACAGAUCCGAAAGAUUGCCAAGCGAUACAAGGAUUCGUACAUCGAGCUUAAGAAGCAGGUAGAUGAGAAGGAUGGCGAAGGUGCUAAGAAUGCAGAAGGUGCAGCGGAAGGCACUGGCGAAGGUACCAGUGGUGAACAACAGGAGAAACCCACAGAAAACUCGUCUGAGCUCAAGGAAGAGGUUGAUACUCUUAAGAAGGAGAAUGAGCUUCUCAAGGGCAAACUGGAGAAGGCCGAGCGUAAUCAGGAAAUUUUGAAGGAUGUUAAGCAUCGAAUUCUCAGUCUGACGGAGUCGAAGAACACCUUGACUCGCGAGCUCACCACUGCCAAGGCCCAGGUCCAAUCCCUGGAACACGUCCGCGAAGAAAACGAACUGUUGAAGUCGCAGUUCGAGGGACGCAUCUCGAGAAUCACCAAGGAACAUACCGAUCAGGACAAGGAAAAGGCGGAUGCCAUCGCACGUCUGACGCGGGAAAAUGAACAGCUCACCAUUCGGUUGAAUCAGCUUACCCGUCAGCUUGGAUUGCAACAGGGAGCCAAACCUUCCACCAGCGCUCCUGGCUCGUCUGAGAAAGCUUCGACUGAAAGUCCUCGCACGGCCAACGUAAAACCAAUUCCCGGCCCAAGCGCUCAGCAGUCAGCCACUGUCACGCCUCGCCGCGGAAGCGAAACUCCUUUGGCCAGCAUCCGACCAAUGUCGGUUCAAGCGAGCAGCCGUACGGCAGCUGUGCUCCCCACAAGCCAAACCUCGAAUAAUGUUGCCAUUGUGCAAGGUUCAUCCUCAUCUUCGUCAUCCAACACCGGAAGCAGCAGCAGUGUAACGGCCCUGGUUCCUCCCCAACAGCAGGUGCACACCACCGGAAGCAACAACAACUCUAACGAGUCAAUGUCCUCCUCACCUACCAGCUCCCACACGGACUACAUGCCGGCCACCAGUUCGGCCAACGUAGCCGUGGCGGCUGUACCUCCCAUGGGAACUGCGUCCACUUCCACUGCCGAGAGCAGCAGCUCCACCCAGCAGGAGAACGAAAGCAUUCCAGCGCAGCAACCGAACGAACCAGGCCCAUCGCAGAUUCACGUUUCUGCCGGUCAACCAUCGCAGGCGGUGGCCCUCGUUUCUCCGCACAUCGAAGGCACUCCACAAAACAGUGGCGUCGUGGCCCAGUCGGUGCAGUCUUCGCCCCAGGUGCAGGCCCCGCCCCCACAGGAGCAGCAGAACCCGGCUCCCAGCACCAGCGGAACUUCGUCGAAUGCUCAACAGAUUGCUCUGAGCAGUCACCACCAGGCGUCCACUUCCAGCAACACAGUGACCACGUCACAGGCCGCUGCCGGUCACAAGCGCCCGCGGGAUGUCGAGGGAGACAGUUCCACCGACAACGUGGAGCAACCGGGUGAAAAAUCCGCUCCAGUCAACAAGCGCACCCGAAUGCAAGGAGGAGAAGCAUUUCAGAAAUUGCAGGGUGUCACCGAAUCCGGAGUGGAUGUAGAGUAUCAGGUGCCGACAUCGUCCCAGCGUGACCAGGAGGACGACAUCAUUGUGGUCGAUUCCGAGGAGGAAGGUAUGGCGGACGAGGGAACGGCAGAUGAAGGUACCGCCGAGGCGGACGAUGGACCCUUCGAAGCGUACGAAGCGGAGGAAGCCUACGAACAGGACGAACCAGAAAUGGCUGGCAAUUAUGACGAUGGAGAAGGUCCUGAUAUCGACGAGGACAACGUUCAGUCUGCCAACAAUGAGGUCGACGUGGACGAUGACAAUGAAGUUCCUAACCAGUCCGGUACAUCUUCUUCGACGAGCGGAGCCCAGGUGGCUCCGGAUGCGGAGACGUCCAGCACCAGCGUUGGUCAGAGCAGUAAUGCUGGUCCUUCCACAUCCUCGGACGGUCAAGCCAUGGAGAGCAGCAGCCAGCCGAACACUUCCGAAGUGCAGCAAAUACAGAGCAUCAGCAGCGGAAGCGGUGAGCCCUCGUCGGGACCCUCAACGGCGCCAUCCACUUCCUCGUCGGCUGGUUCGGGUUCGGCCGUGGCAGCCACUGCUGCUGCGGCAUCGACAUCGUCGGCCACCACGUCGUCCUCUUCGUCUGCGGCGGGUUCUUCGGCCACGGCGGGUUCCAGUGUGGGAUCGCCUUCGCAAAGUCGACGUCAGGUUAAUCCGCUGGCCCGGCAGCAACAGCAGCAACUGCUGCUCAUGCAGCAGAACUACGAGGAAAGUGCGGACGAUCGUAUCGUACCCAGCACGCCGACACUGUUUGUGCCGCGACGAACCGACGGUUUCAGCGAUGCCGUUAGCUCACCGCACCCGCAAGUGCCGAACGCACGGUUCACUUUUUCGGACACGGGUCGCGCCGGCGCCGGUUCCGCAGCGGAAGCCCACCAAAUGCUACCGGCCGGUAUCGACGACACCCGUAUGGAUCUCUCGCAACUGGACGAAUCCGGAACGGUGGCCAGCGGAAGCGUUGCUACCGGGCGUAGUGUUCCGAACACUCCACUGGAAACAUCGCCGAACGAACACCAACGGGCAGUCAUCCAUGGGGAGGUGGCCGUUCCAUCGAACAGUAGCAACGAGGCGGAACAAGCUGGCGAACAGCUGGCUCCGUCGGGGAGUAACAUCUCGCUGGCAGGUGUUGAAGAGAUCGGUCAGCAGGAGGCUACGGAGGGGCCUUCCGGUGGCGUAAGUAGCGAAGGAGAGAGCCAGGUCCCGGAGGUUACGGUGUCCGCUGCGGAAGAUGACGAUGACUACGACAUCACCGAGUCGACAACGGUGGAAAGGCCUGACCUCGAUCAGGGGGCAUCUACGUCCGAGGCUACAGCGGCACAGUCUGGUGACGCAAUGGACGACGAUGAUUUAGAAAUGGACAUUGAGAGUGAAGAUCGGAACCAAGGUGCGGAAGCUGGCGCAGAUGAAGAAUCCGGUGAUGGCGUAACUUCGGAAGGUGAAAAACCGGGAACUUCGUCUAGCUCAACUCCGAUGGAAGAGGGCAGCGAAGCUGAGGUUCUGCCGACUCCCAGCACCCGGGCUCGAGGCCGUGGCAAUCGCGGUAGACGGUUUGGUGUUCGUGGAAGCAUUCCAAGAUAUACGGGACUGAAUGAAGGCCGCUCUCUCAAUCGUGCGGGUCCGUCGUCAAUGCAUCAGCAAAGGUCCCCCAUGGGAAGUCCCAACAGAGGAUAUCAACACCAGAUCUCUCCUCAUCGCCAUCAGGGGCAGCACAUGAGCUAUGCACAACAGCAGAUCAGUCCACCGAUGCGUCGAACUACCCGAUCCAAUCGGGCCAACCGUCGUUCAACACCAAACUAUCGUCCUUAAACAGCCACUCUCUGUCAAGUUAGAUGGCAGUACGGUAUACUUACACGUAAGAUAUUUAUUAGGAAGACGUUUCACUACACCUUUGGAUAGACCACAAGUAAGUUGUACAUGUUUCUUCAAAACCUUAUUCUUCAUUGUACAAAACUGUAUUUGUACGGUCACGUUUAGAAAAAAAAACGAUCGAUCAUCAUUUUACAUUUUCUCUGGCUAGAGUACAACGUUUAGAUACAUCUAGGAAAAUUCCACUUCGGUAACGUCACCCGAUAGGGAAGUCAUUGAAUUAAAAAAGACUAUUGAAUUCCAUUCAGA